GCAGUGGUGGAAGCAAAGUCUCUUGGUAUCUGUCAGAGCGCACAGCAGGCAGCGUUUCCAUUUGUUUUCUCUGCACGUUGUUGUGUAAUGAAGGCGAUGUGGAUUUACAGGCUCGUUGUUGGACUCGCAGUCGUUUCUUGCUGCGAGGGCAGGCGAAAUGCUCUCCAAGACUAUCAGAAAUCCGAAGGCACCCGACUGGCUGUCGUGUCUCCCGAUUCCUCUCAUCUGACCAAAAGCAGGAAACUGAGCUUAACCAAAUGUGCAAAAACGUGCAGUCGCGGAAAAAGACUCCCAUUCCACUGCAGAGCUUUCCUCUAUGAACAUCGGAACAGGAAAUGCCAGUGGCUUUCAUUUGACAGAAAUUCACCAGGAGCUCAAAGCCAUCAGAACAUCUACUAUGACCUCUAUCAAAAGAAAGACUACAUAAGGGAAUGCAUUGUGGGGACAGGUCAGAGCUACAGGGGGCAGAGGUCAGUGACAGUCAGUGGGAUCCUGUGCCAAGCCUGGGCCUCCCCGAUACCUCAUGAGCACAAAUUCAUGUCUAAGCGGUACAGGAAAACGGACCUAAUAGAGAAUUACUGCCGCAACCCAGACAACUCCACCGUUGGUCCGUGGUGCUUCACCACUGACCCCAGGCCACACCUCCGACACCAGGAGUGUGGCAUACCACAGUGUUCACAAGUUGAGUGCUUUACCUGUAAUGGAGAAGAUUACAGAGGACCAAUGGACUACACAGAAAGUGGGAAAGAAUGUCAACGAUGGGACCUAAAUGAACCUCACAAGCAUUCAUACCACCCCUCAAGAUACCCUGACAAAGGCCUACAUGAUAACUACUGUAGGAACCCCGACGGACGUCACAGACCAUGGUGCUUUACCACAGACCCAAACACACACUGGGAGUACUGCAACAUCAAAGUUUGUGAAACCCCUCCUAAAAGUCCUGAGGCGGAGACAACCGAGUGUUAUGAGGGCAGAGGAGAGGGUUACAGAGGCACAGCGGACAUGACGCCCAGCGGACUCGCCUGCCAACGCUGGGAUUCUCAGUAUCCACAUAACCACACAUUCCUACCUGAAGCUUAUCCUUGCAAGGACCUGAAAGAGAACUAUUGUCGAAAUCCAGAUGGUCAAGAAUUCCCCUGGUGUUUCACUACAGACCCAAGAGUACGCACAAUGUUCUGCACCCACAUCCCUCAGUGCGGCGUCCAGAACAGUCCUGUCAGCGACUGUUUCUUAGGCUUUGGAGAAAAUUACCAAGGAGAGCAGUCAAGGACUAGAUCAAACCUACCCUGCGCUCCCUGGAGAGACCACAGCAACAGGGGGGAGAGGGGCAUGCUGAUGGCUGGCCUAGAGGGGAAUUUCUGCAGAAAUCCUGAUAAGGACAAACAUGGUCCCUGGUGUUUCACCAACAAUUCUGCCAUUAGCUGGGAUUACUGCAACGUAAAACCUUGUGAUGCUUUGCAAAACAGCAUUCCACCAGUCUUUGUAGCUGAGCCAACCCCUGUGAGGUGUUUUGUCCAUAAAAGAACCAGGAUUGUGGGAGGAGCUCCAGUUGGCAUAUCAGACGGCAGCUGGAUGGUUAGCAUACAGAAAGGAUCGGUGCAUUGGUGUGGAGGUUCUCUUGUGCGAGAGGAGUGGGUACUUACUGACAGACAAUGCUUCUCCUCCUGUGUCCCAGACCUCAGCGAGUAUCGGGUGUGGCUGGGAGUCUCUGAUCUUCGAGAAGGAUCUCCUGACAGACCUAAGAGACAGGAAGUCAGAAUAGCUCAAGUGAUAUGUGGCCCCAAUGGAUCCAGCUUAGCCCUCCUGAGACUCUCAAAGCCCGCCCGUCCUGCAGACAACGUCCACACAAUUCAGCUGCCUGUGGCCGGAUGCUCCAUCCCAGAGGGAACCAUGUGCAAAAUGUAUGGAUGGGGAGAGACAAAAGGUACUGGUCAUGAUGACGUCCUAAAGGCAGUGGACUUGCCCAUUGUUGGAAAUGAUAGGUGCAGAGAAAUGCAUAGAGGGAACUUCCACAUAACCAACACCAAGAUCUGUGCAGGGGGGAAAAGGAACGAGGGAGUCUGUGAGAGAGAUUAUGGGGGCCCUCUUGUGUGUCAAGAUGGUGAUCUCAAAGUUAUUGUUGGCAUCAGUGUCCAUGGCAGAGGCUGCGCUCGAGCCAACCAGCCUGGCAUUUUCAUUAAUGUCCCCUUCUACACACAGUGGAUUUACAAGGUCUUUCGAUAUAACCCAAACUCUGACACUGCUUAGAAACAAAUCACUACUAGGGGACUAAAUUAAAACUAGACCCUCUCUUCUUUAACUCCAGUGGACAUCUUUAACUCAGGACAUCUGGUUUCUGUGACUCAGAUACCUGUGGGGUCUGCAGCUGAACAUGAAAGUCUGAGGAAGCACUUGCAGUGAUGAUGGCUUUAAAAUCACUAGCAAAUACCAUACUGACUUCAGUACAAGGAGUCAAUAACUAGUGGUUUAUUACAAAGAUGGAAACGUAUUACUUCUCAUAUCGUAGACAUGUAACAUGAUGUAAUUUUUGAACCAUCUAGAGAGAGAAYAGUUUCGAUAAAAGACAGUUAUUACAUAAGAAAAGGAGUCAGUCAGAACCAGAGUCAAAAAAUACAAACAGGAUUGCGAAAAAGUAUUUGCCCCUUUUACCUUACCUGUUUCGGUUCCUGGAACAACUAUUAAUAUCAGAUAAGACGGCCAAAGUUAAUUUUACAAAGCAGUCUUUAAAUUAUUCAUGCAUCCAGACCAACCUGGUCCUUUGUGAAAAAGUUAACACCUGGAUAAGACAUGAAUUAACUUUGAUUCAUCACAAUAUUUUUGGAAAGUUAAGUUCAGUAUCUCUAGCCAUGCCCACAURUGUMUGUGUUUGUCAACACAGAGCACAGUAAUAUAUCAUACAUUGUAACACACGAUGCCCAGACCAAACAGAUGAGGAACUAAAACUUUGAUAAUGAUAAUUAUCUACAAUUGCCAAGACAUUGUACAAAGCUGAACCUGACAAGCAGUGGCCAGCCUACCAAAAUUACUACAAGUGUAUAUUCAGGAAGUUACCAAAGAACUUAGAGCAAUAUAUAUAGAAGGCUUUAGUUGCUUCAUUGAUGAAGCAUGAUUCAACAAUAAGAAAGAAAAAAUGGCGUCCAUGGUAAAGUUCCAAUGUGAAAACCAUUUACAAUUUAAAUGAACAUAUAUGCCUAUCUCRUCUUUGCUAAAAAGGUUUUUGGCAAAUUUUGUAGACUUCCGAGAUAAAAAUUUAACUCCUCAAAAGUUGUGCAAUUUGAUAAAUCUGGUUCAAAGCGGAUUUAGAAUCACAGAAAAGAAAAGUCAUACUCAAAGUGCAGAAGUUAUUUGAAUCCAAAGGGACGUAAGAGACUUGACUGUGUUCAUGUUUUCCUCUGAACUGGGAAAUUCUGACUUCCCAGUCAGAAAAAUCAAUUGAAACUUCUUCCGUUGUCAGAUUUCCCGCUGGGAAACUGGGAGCAACUCUUUAUUGGAAGGGAUUGCAUAAGACUGACACUACACCUGUCAUGAACAUGAAGGUUUCUUCGGAAAUGUCAAUUAAUGUUGUCAUAAAGUGUCAUUCGUUAAUGACACAUUUAUUGCAAAGUUGACACUUUUAAUGUAUUUUUGAUGCGAGUUUUAAUGCAGCUUUGCUUUAAAAAUGUCAUUAUUUACCUUCAAGACAACAAGCAUUAAUGAAGACCCCAUCAUGUUCACAACAGUUAUGUCAUGUUUAUGACAGUGUCACGUCAAUCACACUUCAAAUAAAGUGUUACUGAUGUUUAUUUUAAAAGACAAACAUGCRAAAGCAUGUCUAUAUUCAAUGUUACAUGUAGCACCUGCAACUAUAAACUAAACAAAUUAAAAGUGAUGUUUGCUUACGGAAAAUAAAGUCUAAAGCUGAUGUUUGUUAGAGGUACUGUUAACAAUGUUUGUGGGUGUCGCCAUGUUGAAAUUCCAACUGACCUUGGGUGACCUUGGGUCUGACGUGAAACUGAGCUUCGAGUUUCCGAUUUCCGAUAAAACCGGAAAGCAGCGCUAGUGCCACUAACUUUCAGACCGUAACAGCAGUGGCUGCCACCAAACGAAGCCUAGCCAAUUAGGUUUGUAGGGCAAUUAUCCUUUCACAUAGUGCCAUGUUAGUUUGUAUAAUAUAUUUAUCAUUCUUAUUGUAUCAUUCUUUGAAACUUCUUUUUCUCAGGUUUCCAUUCUGUAUGAGAUCUGUCAACCUUUGCAGACUUUCCAUGUGUCCACUCUAGAUGUGUGUAUGUGAAUUCUCAAAUCCUGGUAUUACUUGAAUGAAUUGAAUACCAAAUGCAGAGGUUCAAAUGUUGGGCCAAUUAGAAAACCAACCUGUGGUAGGACAUGUUAAGGGCACUCCAUCCRUUUCUGAGGGGCUGAAGUAAAACAAGUCCUUCAUGUAAAUAGUUAUUAAAUGAGUGUAUUUGUGACACUCUUAGUGUAAUUUAGGUCUUAUAGAUCUACAAAAUGAAAACAUGAAUGUUGUAUCAAGGAGAUAUAAGAAAAAAUUAAAGUGAUUUUUUUUUUACAGUGGAAACUUUCUGACUUCUUUCUGUCUCAUAAUUAAUAGAUUAAAAAAAUCCUACAUUGUAAUGUUAUCUUAGCACCAUGGACUGUACAUAUGUGAUCUCUUCUGUGUAAAAAAAUGAAAGAAGUGCCUAACUUUAAGUUKUCAUUCAUGUAUAUUCAUAGGUUCAUUCUGUACAUUUUCCAAUAGUUCAAGUUUUGAACCAUUGUGGUUAUUCCUGUUUUGUUUUGUCCAUUUCUGCAGUAGUGAUUGAGAAAAAAAACCAUCUACACAAGGAGAUAAUGUAAUGUAGUCAUAUUUAAUGAAUAAGAAUAUAAUUGAAAAGUUUCAGUAACUCAGWUCAUUAAGUUACUGAAACUGUCUCUUUUAAUUAUCCCAAUGUUCUGCUUACAGUUAAUGAAAGUUUGAAAUUUUAGCAAAAAAAAAACAAUUUUUAAUGCAGAAAUGUGGGCUCAAUGAAAAGUAUGUUUUAUAUCUGCUAAAUCUUAUUUUCAGAAAGGACUUUUAGUCUGACAAAACAAACUUCAUUGCAACGUACGUUGCGACUCAUUGAAUAUGACUGCGUGCACAGAUCGAUGUUUAGCCAGGACUGAUUCAUCAGUGCAGGCAAAAUACGACACAUCCUUAGUCCCUCCACUCCGAAUGUUAAUUUCACAAAGUCAGUCAAAUUUUAUGUACCAGGAGUAUGUCUGUUUUAUCGGAAUGACACUUAAAUUUACAAAACUUGAUAUUCAUCAUAUCCAUAUUAAUUAUGUACAAAUGCGAUAAAAUAGUUUUUCUUGUAUACAUGUGUUUUGGCACUGAAAUAUGCUGCAAGCUGCUACAGUCUACAUGUUGUACAGUAUUGCCUUAUGUUUUCUGUAUAAUGUACAUUUGCUGUAAGGUUCCACUUACCCACUAUGCUUAAGAAUAAACAGUUUACCUAGUGA